UUGUGCACUAUACUUAUGUACUAUGCAAAUUCGUCUGAAUAUACUCUGCCACGAAGGCGUAUGUGAAUCUGACGUGCCUAUUGAUGACCUUUGUCACCCACGUGACCAUCAGUAUUUUGGCAUGAAGUAAACACACGCAUAUACACAUCAUACAUCAUAUAUACACAUACGUGUAUGAUAGAAUGUGGAACAUAUGUUGAAACUCGUUCGUAAUUUGCUGUCGAGGAGGUGUAACCAUUAGAUUCAUUAGCGAGGAAUAAGCAUUGAUAAGAGAUGGCAACGUCUGAGAGCGAUCCCGAUUUUGAAAGCGCAGACGAAGAGCUGGGGCGUAGCGCGCCCAUCAAACGAGAUACCCAGAGAAAUUACUGGGUGCCACCGUCGACAGUGGACUCCGAAUCGGACGACGAUACCGAAUACGUCCAACACGCGAUUUGCAAGAGCUCAGACUGGCAUAGAAGACCGCAAGCUUAUCGGAUAAAUGUGCCACCAGUUGUGGCAAUGUGUCAAGAGGCAUCAAUUAGUGAUAAGAAUAUUGAUAAUAAUGUCAAAGUUGAAGCUGAUACACGUGCCACUAAAUCAGAGCGUACAGAAGAGACUUCUGACAACAAAGAAGAUAAGUGUUCUCGCAUUAAGUCAGAGAAAUCAUCAAUCUCUGUUGCAUCAACAAAGGAUAAAGAUAUUAAAUCUGUAGAUAAGAGUGAAAGUACAGAAUCAAGUAAUGCCAUGCCUAAAGUAGAAGCAAAAAAGACUGGAAAUGCCUCUAGAACAGUGCAACGACCAAAUGUGACUCGUCAAUUGGAUGCAAAGAAACUAGGAACUAAAAUUACAAAAGAUGUCGAUGAUGGUCCUCAUACUAAAGCCAGUCUAACUACAGUGGAAGAAAAAAAUAAAAGCUUAACCAAAUGUUCAAAUGAAACAUCUGCAAGGAUGGAUACAGAAUGUAAAUCUCAAGAAAAAUUCAAAGCUCAAUCAACAGAUAAUCAAUCUAAAUCAAAUGAUUUGUCAGAAAUAGAUAUGCCGGAAGAGCUAAAAUCAGAUAAAAAAUUUAAAGAAGUUUUUGAACCAGAAGGUUGGGAAGGACUUGGAGAUAUUGAAUUGCCUGACGAGUUGAUGGAAGAGAAAUUGCAGCCUGUAUUGGAGACGCUUUCUGAGGCGAGUAAAGAACCAGAAAGUUCUUUAGGAAUGUGGAGGAAUAGCUGGGAAAAUUGGGGCGUAACUUCUUUUAUUAAUACAGCUACUGCAAGUGUUUCUACUCUGACUAGUCAUGUAUCUCAAGGACUUACACUUUUGGAAGGGACAAUAGGAGGCAUGCAAGAUUCCAUAGAGCCAGCAGAAAUAAAACAGGAUGAACCUGACGAUGCAAAACCAAAAAUUCAAGAACAAGAAAGUCAGUCGUAUAGUUCAUUUGGAUUCGGGAAUUUAUUGUCAGGAGUAUCAUCAAUUACAAAAUUGGUCGAGUCCACUGGUAGUAAAGUUAUGACAGGCGGUUUAGACACAUUGGAAGCUAUUGGGAAAAAAACGAUGGAGGUAUUACAAGACGGUGAUCCUGGAUUAAAGAAGAAACGAGCUUUCUUUAUGAACGAUCCUAACAAACCGAUUUUAUCGCAAAUUCUACGAGAGGCGAAGGAAAAAGCUGAGAAUGAAGAGAAAUCACUCGAGGAACGUGAAUUAUCGAGGAAAAUUCAUUUUGAGAGUCUUUUCGACGAUUAUCAGGGACUCGUUCAUUUAGAAGCUCUGGAAAUGUUAUCCAAACAGAGCAAUAUGAAAAUUCAGCAACACUUGAUCGAAUUGAAUACGAACGAUUUGACUUCUGUACAAGAAACUUUGGAGGAGAUUAAAGAACUUUGCGAGCUAGAUGGCAAUGAAGAUGAUGAAAACAAAAGUGAUGGAAACUUCAAGAACAGAUUAAAGAAUGCUUGUCACGAUCUUGGUGUCAAUAUCACUUAUGAAAAGUUAAACGACGUCUGGACAGAAACGGAAAGUUAUCUCGCAUCAUCUUCGACGCACACAGACCAAGAAAUCUUCCAGAGCGCUAUAUCAACAUUGGCACAGUUUACAGCAAUUUCUGUAGAAACAUUUCAUAAGACGGCAGAAUUGUUGUUAGUCAAGGAACGACGCAGUACAGUGAACGAAGCCGAUGCUUUAGUGCAACUUACUAAUAUUCUGUCCGAUCAGAUCAGCUCAUUAGCUAAUUCAUUCUGCAAUACGUUAAAUCAACUUGCCGAGACUGCGGAAAAAUCGGAUAGAAUCAACGCGAAUAUAACAACGAUUUUCUUGGAGGCUGCUAACGCGAAUUCGUAUAUUCAAGAUGCCUUUAGACUUCUCAUUCCCAUUCUGCAAGUUGGUGCUAUCUGAUAAGGUAUAUAAAAUAUAAGGAAAUUUUUAUACUUCACAUUUUCAACGACAUUGUCUCUAGAUUAAAUACCGUUUUUGUCGGUACAGAGGUAUAGGUUGUAAUUACUGUUUUCCCGUCUCAUCUUACUCUUUUUAUUAAAACGCUAUUUAUAUUCAAAAGUGGGACCAAGUUGUUAAUUCGUUAUAUUUACAUCUUAUAAUCUGCUGUUGUUGAUUAUUGCAAGUUUUUGUCAUAAUAAA